ACACCUUCUCCGUCCGAGUGGACACUUUCGGACUUAGACUACAGAGAAUUUCUCUUCGAGGUUGGUCGCUUUUAUGAAUCCACUUCAUGGUUUAUUCGGUUUACAUGGCUGCUUUCUGUACUGCGCACUGACGCGACGAGCUCUGCGCUGGGACUCCUCUCACUGUAAUUACGUUCCAACUUCAAAGAAAUCUGCAAUAUUCAAAUAAUCAGCUGAGAGGAUGAAGGGGAGGAAUCCUGGCAGUUUGUGGACUUUGUAGCAACAGAAGAAGCAGCAGCUUUCCGUCGCCUGUCUGUCACAUCUGUCUGCAGAUAAGCUCACCAUGAGUUAAAGAGUGCAGCAGCGCAUCGUCGACGCUGCCUCCCCCCCCCCUCCCGCCUGGAGCCCCGUGUCUGACCGCGACAGCAGCUUCAUGAGCCAGCAGGAUGCCGCUGAGGUCCUCGCACUCUCCGAGCGCCUCCUUAUAGCUUCACACAAGGGACAAGCUGACAAUGUGGUCCAGCUCAUCAACAAGGGCGCAAAAGUAGCCGUGACCAAGUAUGGCAGAAGCCCCCUGCACCUGGCUGCCUACAAAGGCCACACUGAGGUUGUGCGUAUCCUGCUCAAAGCUGGCUGCGACCUGGACAUCCAAGACGACGGGGAGCAGACGGCGCUACAGCGGGCUGCUGUGGUGGGAAACAGCGACGUCAUCAGCGCUCUCAUCCAGGAAGGGUGUGCACUAGACAGACAAGACAAGGAAGGCAACACAGCUCUCCACGAGGUGUCCUGGCACGGCUUCAGCCAGUCUGUCAAGGUGCUGGUGAAGGCUGGAGCCAACGUUCACGCUAAGAACAAGGCAGGACACACAGCCCUCCACCUUGCAUGUCAAAAUGGUCACGCUCAGAGUUCCACGAUUCUGCUCCUGGGAGGCUCCAGGCCCGACACCACAAACCAUGCGGGGGAUACGUGUCUGCAUGUGGCGGCCCGGUACAACCACGUGGCUGUGAUCCGCAUCCUGCUGGGAGCCUUCUGCUCCGUGUCAGAGAAGAACCUGGCUGGAGAUACACCGCUACAUGUGGCUGCUGCUCUGAAUCAUAAGAAGACGGUGCGUUUGCUGCUGGAGGCCGGGGCAGACAGCCACAUCUGCAACAAUGCAGGUCACACAGCUUUGGAUGAGGCCAGAGAGAACAACAACCCAGAGGUGGCUCUCCUGCUGACCAAAGCCCCCCAGGUGCAGAGCUUUAUGCGUGGCCGGAGUGUGAGGAAGAGGAGAGACAAGCUAAAGGCCGAGGGCCGAGCUCAGUCUGUGCCCAGAGAUGAGAUGCUGGCCUGUAAGGACAGCGCCUCUGCUGCAGAGGACACCCAGAGCAGUGAGCGUGCUGGCUGCAAACACGCCAAGGUGUCCCCGGUCAACGCCAGGAUGGGACGGAACAGGAAGCAGAAAGAGAAACCGUCUCUGUCCGACCCCCUGCGCCGCAGAGCGUCCAGACACAGCGAGAGGAAAUGCAAACUGCCAGGAGCAUCCAUCCCUCCACAUAACUAUAAAGCCUAUCAGCUGUACACGCUGUACCGCGGCAAAGAUGGCAAGAUCAUGCAGGCUCCUCUGAACGGCUGCCGCUGUGAACCUCUGAUCAGUAAACUGGAGAACCAGCUGGAGGCCACCAAGGAGGAGAUGAAGACUGAAAUCCACACGGUCCAAGACCUGAUGAACAGCAAGAUGGGGCAGCUGGACCAUAAGAACAAACACCAGAUCCGAGCUCUAGAUAGGAUAACAGUGGAGAGGGUGUCGGCAGAGAGGAGCGAGUGUGUGCAGAGGAUCGAGCAGCGGGCCCUGCAGGAGAGGCUGGAGGCUGAGAAGAGAGAGCAGGCGUCCCUUGUCCGUGAGCUGAAAAGCUGGUGUCUGUCCAAGCUGCAGAACAUGGAUCUUGGCCUGAAGGAGGAGCCCGGCAGCACCAGGCUGCAGCGCUGCUCAUCUGUGGCAGAGGGCCUGGAUGGAGCCGGCGUCACUGUGCUGUCCUCUAGCUCCCAGUGCCCGGAGCUCCACACCAGCCCUGUCCUCCUGCCCUCUGGCCGGGAGCAGCCCAGUGCGGCAGAGGGCGGCUCAGCCAACCACUACUUUGUGGUUCAUGUGGAGAGCUCUCCAGACGGCGAUAAGAACCAGAAUGCAGCAACCAGGAGCCCGCUGUCAUCUGUCCCGGUGGUUCGGCCCAAGGAGCGUCCUGUGCUCUGUGCCGACUCCCAGAGGAAGAAGCAAGACCUGCAGGACCUGCAGCUCGGGGACAUGGUGGAGUACGGGGCGAGGGGGGGCAGCAGCCUGUCUCCGGCCACAGAACGCCGCUGUAGCAGCAGGACUGGGGACAGGGAGCGAGGCCGGGACAGAGGGAAGCUCCAAAAGAAGCAUUCCCGGGGAAGGACUAAGUCCAGAGGGGCCAAGGGGGCCACAGGGGCUACAGUGGCCACAGAAGGGGCCACAGGAGCCCGAACUCUUGAGGUGUUUGGAGAGAAGCCCAGUGAACCCUCCUUUGCUCAGGAGAAGGACAACAUGCACGCUCUGGAGGUGACCCAGUACUUCUUUGAGGCAGUGUCAACGCAGAUGGAGCGCUGGUACGAGAGGAAGGUGCAGGAGGCGCGCUGGCAGGCGGAGCAGCGGGCGCAGGCCGACAGAGCCGCUCUCACCCAGAGGAUCAGCUACCUGGAGGACGAGCUGCGCAUGCUGAGGACUAACAGACACGAGGACUGCUAACACACAGCGCAUCUGUCAGCACCAGGCUGCAUGUGGACAUGUGGACACACACUCCGGCAGGAAAUACGGCAGCGCUUGCUUGUGUGGAACUAAACCAGUGGAUAUAAAGCUGUGUGUCAAAAGAUUGAUCUAAUGUGCCAUUUUAAGAUAGAUCCACUACAUCAUGUCAAACAGCAACACACACACACACGGACAUACAUACACUCGCACGCAGAGUAGAGACAGCAAUGAUGGUCAUCUAUUCUAACAGAAUAUGAAAUUACAGUAAAACGUAAUGAGCUUGUUUUACUGUUAAUUUGGAGGAAACACACACACACACCAUGAGCAGAGAUGUGCGUGAUGUGUCCCUUGAUGGUGGUGAAAGCUGUGUGAUGGAGGGAUUACAGUAGAAUAAGCUCUUAGUAUCUGCUUCCUGCUUAUUCAUGAGAAUAUAGCUGAACUGACACUGUAUAUAGUAACCCCUGAAGGUUUUCCUUAGUAGUUUUUUAUCAGAAUCAGAAAAGUUAGACUUUCACAGUGUGUACAUUUUUUUUUUUUACAAACUGAACUAAUUAAUUAACUUAGUAUUUAAAAUAUGUGGUAUUCCAUUUUAUAUGUCCAUCUCACAUUUAAUUAGUUCCCCGCGUUAACAUUAACAGUUCUCAUUUCAUGAUCAUGUUCAUUUAAAGAUGCGUGCCAUCUUAAAUCCAGGGCACUGAGGCUCAGAGACUAAAGCAGCAUUUAAGAUGUGCUUAAGAUUAUUAAUAAUAUAAUACAUAAAAUCCCUAGGACAUUAUUUGAACUGCAAAAGGGAUGGCUUUAGCUGACAAUUAAACACUGUAACAGGGUAGUAUUAUUCAAUUGGCACUCUCCAGACUCCACAGUUUGGAAAUAACAGCUUCCAGCUAAACAUUUACAAUACACACAAUAUGUCUCCUCACCAGUUCCUGUGGCCUGUGUAUUAACUCCAGUGUCUUAGUGAGUGUGUGAGAGGAGUAACGUCUUUACAGUCCACUGAGAAGGACAGUUAGAGGAGACUCUGCGGACUCUAUCUGUUACUGCAUACCAGCAGAGGAUCUCUACUACAGCCAACACUGGAGGGGGUUCAGCAGUUAGUCCAUCCAAAGAAAAUAAAUCAGCAUUUAUUUACAAGUAUUUGGAUAGUCCAGUAACUAUUUCACUCUUAAAGCAAAAACACCUGAUUGCAGUUGUGAGGAUUGACUGCUUCUGUCUCUUUUAAUAUCAUUGUUCACUUUUGUCUGGAGUUUCACAGAACAACAGAUGAAUGGAUAAUAAAUAAUCAUGGGUCCGCCCUGGUGGACACCAAACCAAACCGCGUCCCGGCCCUGAACAGUCCUCUGUUUGUAAUCUCGUCUCCCUGCAUGCCAAGGCCAGUCCUGAUGGAAACAUCACUUGUCAUGUUGCAUUGUUACUGUCUGAUGUAGUGACUGUCUGCUCAACAUGUUGCUUAGUCACACAUGAAUAACUCUGUGGAUAUGAAUAAUGCACUGUGUAUGAUGAUGCCCGAGACAUAUUUUGUAUUAAAAAAAAAAAGAUCA